CUUUUCAAACAUUAUUCUCUCGCAAGAGUUUGUCAUCAUCUGUCUGCUCAGCCACUGCUCCUGUGGGCACAGAAAGAAGAGGAAGGAACACUUCCUCGACAUUUCUUCAUUUUCUUUACACUUUCGAGUGCAUCCGGGAUGGGAACCUGCUGCUUCUAUUCACAUCUGGAAGUGUACUGAUGCACCUGUUGAUCGAGGAGAACUCUCUGUGUUUAACAAUGAGCAAAGUUGCUGAGAUGAAGUGUGACACUCUGCUUCAUUUUGAGGACAACAUGAGAGCAGAGGAAAGGAGCAGACUGAACUGUGUAGACUUGCCUCAGAGCAAUUUAACAGACGGGCAGAACGCAGACCUGCUGCUGUGCCAGGAGACCAACGAUGACAGCUCUCCUAUCAGAAGAUACGGGUCUCGUCUGGGUGGGGUCAAAGUUCGCCACAAGAGACAGGUGCUGCAGGACAUGGCCCGACCACUAAAACACUGGCUGUACAAACACCGAGACAACCCCUACCCCACCAAGACGGAGAAGGUCCUGCUGGCUCUGGGAUCACACAUGACUCUAGUGCAGGUUUCGAACUGGUUUGCGAACGCCCGGCGGAGGCUGAAGAACACAGUGAGACAGCCAGACCUGAGCUGGGCCCUGAGGAUCAAAAUGUACAAUAAAUACAUCCAGGGAAACGCUGAGAGACUGAGCGUGUGCAGCGAUAACACAGACUCAGAUGAUGAAGAGUGUCCCUUACAAACUCCCAUCAGCCAGUCAGACUUCGGCAGGUCCCACAAGAGUGCGCUCGAGAAGCAGGGCAGCGUCCUCGCCAUGGCAGACUGCGCCAACAGUGACGACAGCGCGUCGCCUCCAUCGAAGUACAAGAGCAGUUUGCUGAAUCGGUAUCUGAACGACACCCUGCGGCACAUGAUGGCAGCAGAGGCCGAGGGCGUCGCCUCGGCCCGCAAGAGGAGGAGCCACUCCGACUCGUUCAGCUUCAACGAGUGCGAUCGAGAUGUUGUCUCUCCGGCGUCGUCCUACGAAACAGAGGCCAACUUCGUCUACCACAUGGACGCAACGGACUAUACGUCAACUAAAUGUGACAGGGAGCAGCGGCAGGGACGAGGUCAGCAGAGACGAGGCGAUCAGGGCUGGAGGGAGAUCCACGCCGCCGUGGCUCUGACCAACUUGGCCCAGGGGCAGAGCUGCACAGUUGACCCGAGCUGCGCGACAGGGCCCAGAGCUGGCACGGGGAAGAGCUGCACCCGAGAGCCGUUCUCGGUGACGAGGACCACUAUCAUGGACAGGAUGCGUGUCACAGGACCCUCCGCCGCUCUGAGGCAGAGCUGCACCAUGGGGCCCACUCUCACCAGCCGCAUCAUCCAGAAGUCCUCUCAUAUCUCUGAGGUCCAGACUGUUAACGUGGCCCUGGCAAACAGCGUGUAGGCAUUUCAUUUUGAGCAUCUGGUCUAUCGUUCCAUAUAGGAAUACCAGAUGCUUAAGUGCCUAGCAAUAUCUGUACAGCCUCUGUUAUUUUGUUACGCUGAUAAACUUUGACAUUUUCAAUCAUUUCUACAUUGUAAAAUGGAAAAACUAACCUAAUGCAGUUGAAUAUUUUCAACCGUUUUGCCAUGUUUCUAAUGUCUUCCUAUUGCCGUCUGUUGCAGUAAGUUAUAUUA